AUGAUUUAUGGUUAUGCAACCAAUGGCUUCUUCACUGAAUCAAUUCAACUGUUUCUGGACAUGCAGAGGUGCUGCAUUCGUCCCAAUUCAUUCACCUUUGUGGCUGUUUUUGUUGCUUUGGCUGGCAUGCAGAGUUCAAAACUCAUAGAGUGCAUCCAUGGAGAAGUGAUUAAAUAUGGAGUUGAAUCCAAUCAUUUUGUGGGAACUGCAUUGUUGGAUGCUUAUGCUAAGUGUGGAAAUGUGAUUGAUUCAUAUAGUGUGUUUUCAGAAAUGAAUAGCCCGAGUUUGGUUUCAUGUAAUGGGAUGAUCUCUGCAUUUGUGCUCAAUGACUUGUUUGAGGAGGCUUUGUUGCUAUUUAAGCGAAUGCGGGCGUUGGGUGCCAUGCCGAACUCUAUAACCAUGUUGAAGAUCAGUCAGAGUUGCAUUGGUUAUGAAUCGUUUGAAUUUUGCAGCAGUGUACAUGCAGACAUUAUUAAGCUCGGGCUUUGUUCGCAUGUGCCUGUGAUGAAUGCAGUCUUAGAGAUGUACUUGAGUGUUGGAAAUUUAGAGUGUGGGAUGUGUUUCUUCAGUGAGAUGGAUGUCAGGGAUGUCAUUAGUUGGACGAUGAUGAUCGGUUUUUAUUUGGAUACUGGAUGUGCUGCAGAAGCUCUAUAUAUGUUCAGUGAAAUGAGAGCUAAUGGAGUUGAGCCUGAUACAAUAAUAUUGGUAUAUGUCAUCAGUGCAUGUGCAAUAACCGGAGAUUUAAAAAUGGGAAGAUGUGCUCAAAGUCAAGCAAUUAUACAUGGAUUUGGAACAGAGCUUCCUGUUAUGAAUUCUCUGAUAAAAUUGUAUUCAAGAGGUGGAGAUUCAAAAUCUGCAAGAAUUAUAUUUGAUCGAGUAUCUAAAAAGAGUUUGGUGUCAUGGACUGCAAUGAUCUCAGGAUACGUUUACAAUAGACAGCCUGGAGAAGGAUUGGAAUUGGUGAUGGGAAUGAGAUCUUUAGAAAGUUUUAGUCUUGAUUCAGUAGUGUUAGUCUGUGCAAUAACAGCAUGUGGUGAGACAGCGAGCUUCAGGACAUGCAAGCAAUUCCAUGCUUGUGGUCUGAAAUUAGGCUUGCUCCAUGGCAAAGGAAUACAAAACAGUCUUGUUUCAGCUUAUGGGAAAUGUGGGAAUGCAGAUUUUGCGUUCAGAGUUUUUCAGGAGAUGGUUUGCCUGGACAUAGUUUCUUGGAAUGCAAUGAUCACAUCGUAUGGAAUUAAUGGAAAGGGAAAAGAAGCAGUGGCUCUCUUUCAGAACAUGGAGAAAUGCGGGCAAGAAGUGGAUUGUGUGACUUAUCUAAGCUUGUUGAUGGCUUGCAACUAUGCCGGUUUGGUGAACGAUGGACUGAUUAUUUUGAAUAAGAUGUUGAAAGACGAGAGGGUUGAGCCUAGAGAAGAACAUUAUGCGUGCUUAAUCGACAUGCUUUCAAGGGCUGGGCGAUUAGAAGAAGCUGAAAAUAUUGUGAACAUGCAACUUUAUGGAGUUAGUCCUAAUGUUUGGAAGGCAUUGCUUGGCGGAGCGAAUAUCCACAGUGACAUUAGAUUGGCAGAAAUAGCGGCAGAGAGAGUGUUUUAUAUGGAUUCAAAGGAUUCUGGCCAUGUUGUGCAGCUAUCAAAUGCAUUUGCAUCAGUUGGGAAGUUUGAACAUGCUGAGACUUUGAGAAUGAGGAUUCGGAAAAAUGGUCUGGUUAAGAAGACAGGCUUAAGUUUGCUUGAUGCAUUGCCGAGUGAUGUUGGUUAG